AGCCCAAACAGGUCGUGUACUGUACUUCUCCGACCCGACAAGGAAAAAAAAGAACGCCGCGGAAGUGAAAGAGCUCGAUUCAGAAGCUAGGGUUUGGGGAGAGCAGCGGAAGGGGGUACCAGCCGGCGGCGAUGGCGUCGGAGGAGGAUGUGGCGGUGAAGGAGCCGCUGGAUCUCAUACGGCUCAGCCUCGACGAGCGCAUCUACGUCAAGCUCCGCUCCGACCGCGAGCUCCGCGGCAAGCUCCAUGCUUAUGAUCAACAUCUCAAUAUGAUACUUGGAGAUGUAGAAGAGAUAGUGACUUCCAUUGAAAUUGAUGAUGAGACUUACGAGGAGAUUGUUCGUACCAGCAAGCGCACCAUCCCCUACCUUUUUGUCCGAGGAGAUGGCGUGAUACUGGUUUCGCCGCCCUUGCGGACCGUCUGAUGGCGUGAUACUGGUCUCGCCGCCCUUGGGGACCGUCUGAAGUCAGGGCGGAACAACUACCAUUCAAUGGGCAUUGGCAGCAGCGCUAUCCGGAUGACAUGCAUCAGCUUAUACUCCCUCCGUUCUAAAAUAAAUGAUUCAAUUUUAUACUAACUUUAGUAUAAAGUUGGGUCAUCUAUUUUGGAACGGAGGGAGUACAUGUUAUCUGGAGCAUUACCGGCUCGUGAGACACUGCAUAACUUGAGUUAAUCAAUCAUCCAUGUAUCCUGAUACAAAGAGAAAACACUGUACUCACAUCUGUUAUGUAGAUGGAUCUGAUUCAGGCA